AUGGGGAACGCUGCUGCCACACCUCUGUCUACUGAAUCCGACACCAACAAGGUUCUCACCUCCGUCCACUCCCCCUAUGUCCAGCCCCCGCCACUCCCCACUGUCCAGCCUCCCCCUCUCCCCACUGUCCAGCCUCCUUCCACUCCCCCUCUGUCCAGCCCCUCCCACUUCCCCACUGUCCAGCCUCCCCCUCUCCCCCACUGUCCAGCCCCCUCCCACUUCCCCACUGUCCAGCCUCCCCCUCUCCCCCACUGUCCAGCCCCUCCCACUUCCCUACUGUCCAGCCCCCUCCCACUUCCCCACUGUCCAGUCCCCUCCCACUACCCCACUGUCCAGUCCCCUUCCCCACUGUCCAGUGCCCUCCCACUCCCCCACUGUCCAGUCCCUUCCCACUUCCCCACUUUCCAGCCCCUCCCCCAAUGUCCAGCCCCCUUCCACUCCCCUACUGUCCAGCGCCCUCCCCACUGUCCAGUCCCCUCCCACUACCCCACUGUCCAGUCCCCUUCCCCACUGUCCAGUCCCCUCCCACUACCCCACUGUCCAGUCCCCUUCCCCACUGUCCAGUCCCCUCCCACUUCCCCACUGUCCAGUCCCCUCCCACUACCCCACUGUCCAGUCCCCUUCCCCACUGUCCAGCCACCUCCCACUCCCCCACUGUCCAGUCCCCUCCCACUUCCCCACUGUCCAGCCCCCUUCCACUCCCCUACUGUCAAGCUUCUUCCCACUCCCCCACUGUCCAGCCCCUCCCCAAUGUCCAGUCCCCUUCCACCCCCCACUGUCACGCCCCCUCCCCACUAUCCAGCUCCCUCCCACUACCCCACUGUCCAGCUCCAUCCCCUCCCCAACUGUCCAACCCACUCCAACCCCCUCACCCAGCCCCCUUCCACUCCCACUCUGUCCAGCCCACUCCAACCCCCCCUCUGUCCAGCCCCCUUCCACUCCCACUCUGUCCAGCCCACUCCAACCCCCCCUCUGUCCAGCCCCCUUCCACUCCCACUCUGUCCAGCCCAAUCCAACCCCCUCUGUCCAGCCCCUUCCACUCCCACUCUGUCCAGCCCACUCAACCCCCUCUGUCCAGCCCCCUUCCACUCCCACUCUGUCCAGCCCACUCCAGCCCCCCCUCUGUCCAGCCCCCUUCCACUCCCACUCUGUCCAGCCCUCUCCAACCCCCCUCUGUCCAGCCAUCUCCAACCCCCCUCUGUCCAGCCCCCUUCCACUCCCACUCUGUCCAGUCCAGUCCAACCCCCCUCUGUCAAGCCCCCUUCCACUCCUCCUCUGUCCAGCCCCCUUCCAACCCCCUCUGUCCAGCCCCCUUCCACUCCCACUCUGUCCAGCCCAUUCCAACCCCCCCUCUGUCCAGCCCCCUUCCACUCCCACUCUGUCCAGCCCACUCCAACCCCCCCUCUGUCCAGCCCCCUUCCACUCCCACUCUGUCCAGCCCACUCCAACCCCCUCUGUCCAGCCCACUCCAACCCCCCUCUGUCCAGCCCCCUUCCACUCCCACUCUGUCCAGCCCACUCCCACUCCCACUCUGUCCAGCCCCCUUCCACUCCCACUCUCCCUCUCCAACCCCGCUCUGUCCAGCCCCCCACUGUCCAGCCCCCUCCCCACUGUCCAGCCCCUCCCACUUCCCCUCUGUCCAGCCCAUCCAACCCCCCCUCUGUCCAGCCCCCUACCCUACCCUCCAGCUCCUCCUACUUCCCCACUGUCCAACCCCCUCCAACCCCCUCACUGUCCAGCCCCUCCCACUUCCCCACUAUCCAGUCCCUUCCCACUCCCCAAACAUGA